GGUCAUUUUUUUGGGGAGGCUGAGGGGAAUCAAGAGAGACAGCAGACAGAGAUGAAGAGAACGAGAGCGAUACAAGUCAAAUGGAUUAUCUGACACCAGCUUGGAUUGGCCGACAUGAUGCUUAAAUUUUGGGGGGGCUCUCAGAGCAAACUGUACAAAGUCUUGACUGCGCAUGGAGAGUCUGGCUGGUAGCAAGCACGCUGUGCUACCCUUCAUUUUAAUUCACUCAAUGAGGAAGACUUCAACCUAUCCGUGAACUUUUUUUCUUUCUUUUUUUUGGCCAAAUUAUCGCAGCUGCCUGGAAGUAAGACCCACAGAACGGCAACCCAGAGAACAGUUUUGCAGUGUUAAGAAGCAGGUGUCUUACCGGAAUACGCAUUAAAUCGAUCCCUUCGUAACUUGGACUGCAGGCUUUCUGAUUUCCCAAAAAUAGAGACCUCAGAGGAAUACCGGCUGGAGGAUCCAGCUUUUGAGUCAAACAUAAAGCAGAAGGGAAAUCAGAGGAUUUCAUACAGGUGCUUCAUAAUUUGGAUUCUGUGCGGAGGUGGGGGGGAUCUGACCCGACCCAUACUGGCGGACUGUGGAGGGCUUCCCUCCCUGCCCUCCCCAGCCUAUCUGCGCCCCCAGCAGCAUGUCCCAGGCUCUGAGGCUACCUCGAGUCCUCCACACAGCACACUACCAUGAUCAGAUGUGCUGCUGGAGGGAGUAAGGCUGCCUUGUCCUUCUCCAGGACUGACUUUGGGACUCAUUCUCGCUCUGGGACCAGCCACUGGUUGAGGCCCGCCACAUUGUUUGCCUCGUGGUCUCUGCCUCUCCUGCUAGCUCUUGUAGCUCUCGCCUUCUCCCUCCCCGGCGCAACCUGCCAUCAGCUCAGGAGAGACAGACUGAGGCUCACCAUACCGUGGAGCCACAGGGCUCUGCGGAACAUUUCAGAAAGCGAGGGUGUGUACAAGCCCAGGGCCACUGGGGGGCCCCCGGGUCGGACCGGGGGACCACAGGGUAGGCACGUGCGCAGUUACAACCAUCUCCAAGGAGACAUACGGAGGAGGAAGCUGUUCUCUUUCCAGAAGUUUUUCCUGAGGAUCGACAAGAACGGAAGGGUCAAUGGCACAAAGAGCAAGGAUGACCCUCUCAGUAUUUUGGAAAUCACAUCGGUGGAUGUGGGAGUGGUGGCUAUCAAAGGGCUGAAUAGCAACUACUAUCUGGCAAUCAGCAGGAAGGGAGAGCUGUAUGGAGCGAGGGAGUUUGGCAUUGACUGCACCCUGAAGGAGCGCAUCGAGGAAAACGGCUACAACACCUAUGCGUCAGCCGAGUGGAAGAACAAGAAGCGGCAAAUGUUUGUGGGUCUGAACAUCCACGGGAGGCCUGUGCGAGGGAAGAGAACGCGAAGGAAAAACACAGCCACCCACUUCCUUCCCAUCAUGGCGUGAGCCCAUCGUCAAAUGAGCUGGAAAAAGGACAAAAUGCAGCAUUGGCAAAGAGAGGCAUUCCUCUCCUGAGGGUGAAGACUCUUACUAGGAAAUUUUAGAAACAAGGCACUAACACUGACAAAGAACAGAGAUCAUGUACUUUAUUUGCGAGAGGAGCGUGUUUUUGUGUUUGAUGUGGCACAGGAUGCAAUAUUUAUCUUAUUUCUGUGCCAAAAUUGAGCUAAAAGGCAAAUAUAAAUAAACAUGACUCGCUCAACUAAUAAGCAAGUGUAGAAGCAGACAAGUGGGUGUCCUUUAUCAUUAAACUGUAGGGGGCCCAACAAAGCAGUUGAUUACUUAAUGCCCGUGUGUUGUCUGCACUGUACUGAUUUAUUUAUUUUGUGAUUAUUUAACUAGAGGGGUACACUUACGUCCUGAGCAUUCCUUGGCAUUCUUCAUGUUUAAAAAAAAAAAAGGAUUUCUAUCAAGUGGUAAUAAAAUACUGUUUUUAAUC